AUGAAGAAUGAUGAAUUGGCUAGCAAAGUAUGUGAUUCCAUAGUGUCGUGCUAUAACAAAUUACCACCAAAGGGGAAACCUACCAUAAGAUCUAAUGGGGCAAAAGAAUGGACUGUUCUUGCUGGAAUUGCAGCCGUCUUUGAACAUGAAAAUCGGAUUGAACCCAUUUGUUUGGCUACAGGAGUCAAGACUCUACCUGAAAAGACCAGAAAGUACUCAAAUGGCUUAAUGGUGCAUGACUUGCACGCUGAGAUACUUUGUUUGAGGUUAUUGAAUUGGUUUUUAUUAGAAGAAUGUGGGAAAGUUAGAGAUGAUUUAUCAACCAUUUGUGUAGAAAAAUUGAAUGAACUGGAGUUUAAAAUCAAGGAUGGAAUACGAUUUGCCUUGUAUAUAAGUGAGCCACCAUGCGGAGAUGCGUCCAUGGAAGUAAUGGUCAAUAGUCUCGAUAAUAAAGAAAUUUGGGAUGUGGAAGAACCACCACGGAAGCAACGCAAAUUGGAACAAGAUACAAACAAUACCUCCGCUGAACUUAACAUACUCAGAGGAAGGAAUGGAUUAAACAAAGUAGGAAUAGUUAGAACAAAACCAGGAAGAAACGAUUCAAUGUUAAGCUUAAGUAAAUCUUGUUCAGAUAAGCUUUGUAUGAAGCAAUUGAUCGGAUUGACCAAUUCCAUAACUUCAAUGAUUUUCCCCCAGGGGGUGUAUUUAAAUUAUUUGGUGAUACAAAGGGGUAAACACAAUGUUAAAGCUCUGGAAAGAUGUUUUAAUGAACGAUUUAUCCAAAAGUUAAACGAACCUUAUUUAGAUAGAGUUGUACCUUUGGAAAUCCUAACCUACGAAUCGGAUGAAUAUGAAAAUCAUAAAAGUAAAGACGUUAGUAUAACAUCGCCUUUAUCGUUAGUGUAUAUUGUUCCUACGAAGACUCAUCAAGUAUUGAAUAAUGGAGUUAAAGAGGGUGGGUUUUCCAAAGGGAAACCACCCAAAAGAGGUGGCCAAAGUUUUAUUUGUAACCAAGAACUUUAUAAAAAGGCUCAAUCAUUUUUGAAACAUGAUUGUGUAUCCUAUCAUGAUAUUAAACUGAAGAAUACUGAACGAGAAAAUUUGAAAUGUCUAGGUCAAGAAAUAUUGGGGGAUUGGGUCCAUACGGGACUAGAUGAUUUCAUAUUACCAACAAAUAUCCCUUGA